UUGCAUGGCAAGGCACAAGUUUUGGCACGGACUAAAGGUUUCAAAGGCCAAGCACAAAGUCGGGCUAACAUGGCAAAUAAAGAGGAGACAAUGCUUGAAGCUACAAAACCAAACAAGGAAGAUUUCACAGAGUUCAACAAGGAAGAUAUAGAAAGAUUGAGAUGUCUCCUUGACUCACUCGACAAAUCGAGUUCUUGUUCUCUUGUCAAAUUUG